CGGAGCACAACCCCAGCUGACGUGCCUUGGGAAACCUGAAACAACCCGGCGGCAGCUCCGCGUUGCCCCAGCGGGUCAGGACCAACCCAUCGCUGCUCAAAGCCCCCGGGACCCGGUGACAAAGAGCUGCUGCCAUCGUCCCACCCAGCGGGGAUGAGCCUGCGGGGAAGGCUCCAGAACAACCGGGGUCUGGUGGACAAAGAAACGAGAUCAUGGAGAGUUAGUCCAGAAGGGAGCUCGGGAAAUUCCAAAAGAAGGUUGUGAACGGGGUUCAAGGGGCCACCCGUCAGUGAGACGGCUCAGAGCGACGUGGUGAACCCAUGAGCGCAGCCUUGCAGAUGACGGCGUUUGGCCUGGCUCUGCUCUCAACCCUCUUCCUGCUCCUGGCCACGUGCACCGACUGCUGGAUGGUGAACGCUGAUGACAGCCUGGAGGUGAGCCACAAAUGCCGGGGGCUUUGGAGGGAAUGUGUCACCAACAUGCAGGACGGGGUCAGGACCUGUGACCAGUACGACUCCAUCCUGGCUGACCACCCAGUGAAGAUCGUGGUGACGCGGACGCUGCUGAUCUCCGCAGACCUCCUGGCCGGCCUGGCCCUGGCUACACUGCUCCUCGGCCUGGACUGCAUCAAGUUCCUCAAGGAGGAUCCGCGUGUCAAACUGAAGAUGUGCUACGGGGCCGGUGUCACCCUUGGCAUCGGGAGCAUCCUGGGGCUCGUGGGCUCCGUGUGGUACGCGGUGGACGUCUACGUGGAGAGGGCCACGCUGGUGUCACGCAACAUCUUCCUGGGCGUCCACUACGACUUCGGGUGGUCGUGCUGGCUGGGGAUGGCCGGCUCCACUGGCUGCUUCGCCGCGUCCGUCCUGCUGACCUGCUGCCUCUGCACCUGCACCGAGCCCGGCAGCCGCCAGCCACCCCAGAGGCCUCCCCAGCCCCGCGGCCCAUCGGCCACCAGCAAGAUGUACGCCGUGGCCUCCCGCGUGUGACGGGCCGGCUCCUCACGCCCGGCCCUGCUCGGGACACUGUCCCCCCAGCUGACCCCAUUAAAGCACCGCCACCUGGA